UGCCUCAAGCGAGUAUGUAAAGUUCGUAGCAAACAUUGACGCGGAUCCGUAAAUUGCCUUUGGAUUUGCUGUAUUUGAUUCAUUUUCACCCCUAUCUGUAUGCCGAAAAACUCGCAUUUCUCGGCAACUGGAACAAGCGCUUCAAAAACGACUUUCAAAUCAUCUUCUCCCAUUUCGCGAGAGGAGCCCCAGUCCGCCGCCGGCUCCCGGCCCGCCCAAGUCGCCAUCGCUACGGCCACGCCUUUCUUUGUGCCCCCUUACCACCGUGAAACGCUGACUCCCCUACGCUUCUUCUGUAUCUAUACAAUGACACUAGAGAGAGUUGAUCUGCUUGUGCAAGUAUAGUAUGACCAUUGGUUGAGCACUACUCAUGCAACUAGCAAAUUGUGAUCAUUAGCCUUCAA